UUGGCCGCGCUGGCCGCCUGGCUCAACACCGCGCCGCCGCACGCCACCGUGCUCGCCUCCUACACGCACUUCAAUGUGAGCCGCACUCACACACGCACACUCAACUGGCUGGCCGCGCUGGCCGCCUGGCUCAACACCGCGCCGCCGCACGCCGCCGUGCUCGCCUCCUACACGCACUUCAAUGUGAGCCGCACGCACACACGCACACUCAACUGGCUGGCCGCGCUGGCCGCCUGGCUCAACACCGCGCCGCCGCACGACACCGUGCUCGCCUCCUACACGCACUUCAAUGUGAGCCGCACGCACACGCGCACACACAACUGGCUGGCUGCGCUGGCCGCCUGGCUCAACACCGCGCCGCCGCACGCCGCCGUGCUCGCCUCCUACACGCACUUCAAUGUGAGCCGCACGCACACACGCACACUCAACUGGCUGGCCGCGCUGGCCGCCUGGCUCAACACCGCGCCGCCGCACGCCGCCGUGCUCGCCUCCUACACGCACUUCAAUGUGAGCCGCACGCACACACGCACACAACUGGCUGGCCGCGCUGGCCGCCUGGCUCAACACCACGCCGCCGUACUCAGCCUCCUACACGCACUUCAAGGUGAGCCGCACGCACACGCACACACUGGCGCUGGCGCGCUGUGCCGCUUCGCUCAACACCACGCCGCCGCACGCCGCCGUGCUCGCCUCCUACACGCACUUCAAUGUGAGCCGCACGCACAACGCACACUCAACUGGCUGGCCGCGCUGGCCGCCUGGCUCAACACCGCGCCGCCGCACGCCGCCGUGCUCGCCUCCUACACGCACUUCAAUGUGAGCCGCACGCACACACGCACACACAACUGGCUGGCCGCGCUGGCCGCCUGGCUCAACACCACGCCGCCGCACGCCGCCGUGCUCGCCUCCUACACGCACUUCAAUGUGAGCCGCACGCACACACGCACACACAACUGCCUCGCCGCGCUGGCCGCCUGGCUCAACACCACGCCGCCGCACGCCGCCGUGCUCGCCUCUUACACGCACUUCAAUGUGAGCCGCACGCACACACGCACACACAACUGGCUGGCCGCGCUGGCCGCCUGGCUCAACACCACGCCGCCGCACGCCGCCGUGCUCGCCUCCUACACGCACUUCAAGUGUAGCCGCACGCACACACGCACACACAACUGGCUGGCCGCGCUGGCCGCCUGGCUCAACACCGCGCCGCCGCACGCCACCGUGCUCGCCUCCUACACGCACUUCAAUGUGAGCCGCACGCACACACGCACACACAACUGGCUGGCCGCGCUGGCCGCCUGGCUCAACACCGCGCCGCCGCACGCCGCCGUGCUCGCUUCCUACACGCACUUCAAGUGUGAGCCGCACGCGCACACGCACACACAACUGGCUGGCCGCCUGGCUCAACACCGCGCCGCCGCACGCCACCGUGCUCGCCUCCUACACGCACUUCAAUGUGAGCCGCACGCACACACAACUGGCUGGCCCCGCUGGCCGCCUGGCUCAACACCACGCCGCCGCACGCCGCCGUACUCGCCUCCUACACGCACUUCAAGGUGA